AUGCGUGCAGCUUCCGAAGCAUGCAGUGAGACAGAGGAUGCGAGAGAUGAGCAGGAGGCGGACACCCAAGGACAGCCACAGCACUGUCAGGGCUUGAGCCCCUUUUUUUCACGCAGCCGCAAGUCCAAGCUGGCUUCGCGUCUGAAAACUUCUUACACCGGCUCCCGCAUCGUCGAAGAUGAGGGCGGCCAGGCUGAGAAAGUUGACAGAGUUUGGCUAAGCAUCCGUCCCUGGGUAUGUUUGCAUGCCUUGGUCGCAAUGCAGCGAGCGCAUCCGAUCUGCAAUCCGGGGUGCGAGGAUUGGGAGGAAGAAGGGGCAUCGGAAAGAGCUGUACUGGCGCACUCACGGAAGGAAAACGCACCCACAGCCGAGGAGUUUGCUUGGACCGCCUUUAUGGUUGUAUCACUGCCGCCUGAGUGCCUGGCUCGGGCACUGGAGUUCGUCCAUGGCGAUGUCAGUAGCGUUUUUGCGCCUGAACCUCGGGCUCCCUAUGCCACACACUGUUCUUCGGAAACUAAGUCAGCUCAGGUGAGGAACUGGCAAUGCUGCAGAUACCUUCUCUCACAGCAGUCGUGCUUGCAUGGCCGCGUUGUUCAAUCGGGACGUUCCGGGCGGUCCUUGUCUUUGGCCUGCUGGUAUUGUACGGCCACUUUUCCCCACGGUCUUGAAGGCGUUGAGCAACUCAAAGCUCAUGCGGAGGCUGCCCAUGCGUCGGAGAUUUUGGCGUACAUCCGCAAGACCAGGAAGGUCAAAGCCCGAAGGCAGCGGGAGCGAUACCAAGCCGGUCCCGGCGGCCAAGUAAGGAGGGAUUUGGAGCUGCAGAAGCAGCUAGGCAAGCUUCGAUAA